AUGCUGUCUCCUGAACCCACCACCAGCUCAGAUGCUGCCACCUCAGGCUUUAAUGGCAGCAUUGUAUAUGAUUCACAAUAUGCUCUGGUACACAUGUUUAAAACUGCAGCCAUCUCCUUAUUGUGGGGUCAGGUCUAUCGCCGCCUGUUGGGGUAUUAUGAUACAUGCGUACUGACCAGCAAGGACUGGGGCAAGCGCAGUGAAACCUCUCUGGAGCAUGCGUAUUACCGGUCUUGGUUAUUACAGCAACGAGGACGGCAGCGAAAGAUCAGAGAUAGUGGGGAAUUGGAAAGGGAACAUUUGCAGUUGGGAACCUCAAACCAGACUUCACAUCAGGAUUUGAUGGAAUCACCCAGUUCAUUGUCAACGGAAUCUCAUUGGAUUUUGAACGUGGAAGGAAAAGGUGCUGCUCCCAAUGGGGAGAAAUGGUACAUGUGUUCUUUGUGUGGGAGAGGCUUCCAACGAUCAUCUGGACUCUCGAAACACAAGCGCACUCACACUGCAAAGAAACAGUGGCAAUGUGAGAACUGUGGAUUGGGAUUUAAUUACCCAUCUGAGUUUGAAGCUCAUCAGUAUAGUCACACUGGGGAAAGACCAUUCAGCUGCUCAGAGUGUGGGAAGGGAUUUUUUCAGUUGUCUCACCUCAGGCAACACCAGCGAGUUCAUAGCAAGGAGAGGCCGUACAAAUGCUUUGAGUGUGGGAAGGGAUUCACUAACUCAUCCAAUCUGCUGCAGCACCAGCGAUUUCAUAUUGGGGAUAGGCCAUUCACCUGCUCUGAAUGUGGGAAAGGUUUUGUUGUCUUAUCUGAUCUGCAGAGACACCAGCAAGUUCAUACUGGGGAGAGACCAUACACCUGCUCUGAGUGUGGCAAGGGAUUUAGGCAAUCGUCCACCCUGCUGCAUCACCAGCAAGCUCAUAGUGGAGAGAAACCUUUCCGAUGCCCAGGAGUGUGGAAAGUGCUUUCAACGUUCUGGGAACCUGAUAACGCAUCAACUUGUUCACACAGAUGAGAGACCAUUCAGAUGCUCUCAAUGUGGAUUGAGUUUCAGAAAAUCAUCUCAACUGUCAGCACACCAGCGAUCUCACACUGGGAAGAGGCCUUUCACCUGCACUGAAUGUGGGAAGGGAUUCACUCGGUCAUUCCACCUACUGAGACACCAGAGAACUCACAAAGGAGAGAGGCCAUUCACUGCACUGUGUGUGGGAAGAAUUUCAGUCAGUCAUCCCACCUACUGAGACACCAGCGAGUUCACACGGACAUGAAACCUUUUGUGUGUCCAGACUGUGGGAAGUGCUGUAAAAGUUCUGGGGAAUUGCUGUCUCAUUAGCGGGCUCACUCCGAUGAAAGACCAUUCAGGUGCUCUUUCUGCGAAACUGGGUUCAGGUGGUCGUCCCAACUCACUAAACACCACCGUAUUCACAUUGGGGAGAAGCCAUUCACUUGCUCUGAGUGUGAGAAGGGAUUCACUCAGUUAUCCAACCUAUUGAGACACCGGCGAGUUCACACUGGGGAAGAGGACGUUCACCUGCUCCGAGUGUGGGAAGGGAUUCACACAGUCAUCCAACCUAUUGAGACACCAGCGAGUUCACACUGAUGAGAAACCUUUUAUAUGCCAAGACUGUGGGAACUGUUAUAAAAGCUCUGGGGAACUGGUGUCCCAUCAAUGCGUUCACACUGAUGAGAGACCGUUCAGGUGCUAUCACUGUGGGACUGGGUUCAAACGUCAGUCUGAACUCACUGUGCACCAGCGAAUUCACACUGGGGAGAGGCCAUUAACUUGCUCCAAGUGUGGGAAGGGAUUCAGUCAGUCAGCCCACCUGCAGACACACCAGCGAGUUCAUACUGGGGAGAGUCAGUUCACUUGCUCCAAGUUAGAGGCAAAAGAAAAAGGAAGAGAAAAGUAAGUUGGAACUGAAAACUCAUAACUGAAUUAAAAUGGUGGAGGUAAAAGGUGAAAAGUUGGAGUAGUGAUGAGGACAGCAAUAGAAAGCAAACCCAUCGUAGGCAAAGGCCUGGUGGGCAUCUGUUUAAAUAUGCUCAAGCAUUGCCAAAGUUCGAUGAUAAGGAUGUAGAAGACUUUUUCAUUUCAUUUGAAAACAUAGCUAAAUUAAUGAAUUAAUUAAUUAAUUAAUUCAUUAUUAAUUAAUGAAUUAUGGUGACCAUGUUUGAUCCAAACAAAGCUGAUAGCUAGAGCUAGUGAGGUAUUUGCAUCAAUGUUGGAGGAGGUAUCUGGGGAGUAUAAUCAAGUGAAAAGUGCUAUUCUAAGUGCAUAUGAGCUAGUACCAGAAGCCUACAAACAAUGUUUUCGGAAUCUAAGGAGAGACCCAUUGAGUUCGAAAGGAUGAAACAAAGUAAUUUUGAUAGGUAGAUAAGGGCACUGAAAAUAGAUCAAACAUAUGAUGCUGUUAGAGAGACGAUUAUUUUACAGGAGUUCAAAAAUUGUAGUAAGAGCUUGUAUGGAAGAGCAAAGAGUUAAGACUGCAAGAUUAGCAGUGGAAGUGGCAGAUGAUUGAGUUUGUUCAUAAAUCAAAGUUUGGCUUCUGACAUCAAUUUCUCUCUCUCACAGAUUGAAACUGGGGAAGAGAGAAUUUCUCAGGUAGUGAGGGAAAAGGAGAUCUCACUGAAGAUAGUUUACUGCAGGGUAAAGAGGAAACCCAUGAGGCGGAAAGAGAAGUCAGAAAGCUCAGGUGUUUUCACUGUAGCAAAGUGGGCCACAUGAAGCCGUCAUGUUGGUGGUUUAGAAAAAGCACUGGGCAGACAAAGUAGGGAAAACAGGAUAAGCCAAUGAGUUUUGUUGAAGUGAUAAAGCACAGUGGUAGCUUAAAAGCUGCAAAGGAAUGUAGAACGUGGUCAGGGCUUGGUUGAGAAGAAUGUGCCAAGUCCCAUUAAGUGAUUUACUUGAAUAGGUAAGGUUUACUCGUGUAUGUCAGAGGAGAGGUAAAGAAAUCAAGAUUUUAAGAGAUACAGAAGCAGGUCAAUCUUUGGUGAGAGAUGAGGAGAUAUGUAAUUGAGAAGGAAUAUUGCCAGAAAAGGUGGAAUUCAUGGUGAGAAGAGCAGUGUUUCAUUAUAUAAGGUGAGGUUUCAGAGUCUGGUGAAAAGCUGGUAGGAGUGAUAGAGAAAUUCUCAGUUCCAGAAAUACAAUUUAUUUUUGAUGACAUAGCUGUAUGACAUGGGGGCAGGGGGUGGGGGUGUUGCCUACUGUGUGGUUAAAAAGCCAGUGGAAUAUCACGCAACUGACACGUUGUUAUAAGUAGUAUGUCCUGGGAUUUUUCUUGACUAUGUUGGAACAAGGUCACAAAGCUGCAGGUUGAAGCAGGGAGAGAAAUCAAAGAAUUCAGAUGAGGAACUUAAAGUUCAAUUAGCAGAGACUAUGUUUGAUCAAAUGCUUGAGAAAAAGCAAGAACAAAUGGAGGACAAAGUGGAUAUUUUUGGUUCAAAAAAAUUAGCUGAAUUACAACUGCAAGAUGAAAAGCUAAAGUAGUUGUAUCCAAAAUGAAAAACAGAAGAAGAAUGAGUAUACCCCAGAAUGUUGCUAUCUUAAAAAUGGCAUCUUGGAGAGGAAAUGGAGACCAUCGCAUGUUCAGGCAGAUGAGAAAUGGAUAGAAAUUCAUCAAGUUGUAUUACCAGUGUGUCAUAAAAAGGAAGUGUUACAUGUAGCACACGGAUUACCAACAGGUGGUCAUUUGGGAGUAGGGAAAACUUGAACCAAAAUGCAAAAACAUUUUUUUUUGGCCUGCAAUGUAUAAGGAUGUGGUUGAAUUUUGCUGGACAUGUCAUAUGUGUCAGGUAAUUGGAGAACCUCAGGCACUGAUAAAACCUGCACCCUUAAAACCCAUUCCUGUAUUUGAGGAAACUUUUACAAGGGUCUUAAUUGAUUGUGUAGGACCCCUACCUAAAACAAAAAGUGGGAAUUGGUAUUUGUUGGUAUAUCUGUCUACUAGAAUUACAGUAUGUAAUAUUGCAGCUAACAAGAUUGAAGAGUUACUCCAUAAGACCAUAAGACAUUGGAGUGGAAGUAAGGCCAUUUGGCCCAUCAAGUCCACUCCGCCAUUUAAAUCAUAGCUGAUGGGCAUUUCAACACCACUUCCCUGCACUCUCCCUGUAGCCCUUGAUUCCUUCUGAGAUCAAGAAUUUGUCGAUCUCUGCCUUGAAGGCAUCCAACGUCCCGGCCUCCACUGCAAUCUGCGGCAAUCAAUUCCAAAAGCCCACCACUCUCUGGCUGAAGAAAUGUCAUCUCAUUUCAGUUUUAAAUUUACCCCCUCUAAUUUUAAGGCUGUGCCUACGGGUCCUAGGCUCCCUACCUAACGGAAACAACUUCCUAGCAUCCACCCCUUCUAAACCAUACAUUAUCUUGUAAGUUUCUAUUAGAUCUCCCCUCAACCUUCUAAACUCUAAUGAGUACAAUCCCAGGAUCCUUAGCUGUUCGUCAUAUGUUAAACCUACCCUUCCAGGGAUCAUCCGUGUGAAUCUCCGCUGGACACGCUACAGGGCUAGUAUGUCCUUCCUGAGGUGUGGGGUCCAAAAUUGGACACAGUAUUCUAAAUGGGGCCUAACUAAAGCCUUAUAAAGCCUCAGAAGCACAUCGCUGCUUUUAUAUUCCAACCCUCUUGAGAUAAAUGACAACAUUACAUUCGCUUUCUUAAUUACGGACUCUACCUAUAAGUUAACCUUUAGAGAAUCCUGGACCAACACUCCCAGAUCCUUUGCACUUCUGAUUUGCGAAUUUUCUCACCAUUUAGAAAGUAGUCCAUGCCUGUAUUCUUUUUUCCAAAGUGCAAAACCUCACAUUUACUCUCAUUGAAUUUCAUCAGCCGUUUCCUGGACCACUCUCCUAAACUGUCUAAAUCUUUCUGCAGCUUCCCCACCUCCUCAGUACUACCUGCCUGUCCACCUAUCUUCGUUCCCUUCAUUCAGAUCAUUAAUAUACAAGGUGAACAGCUGUGGCCCCAACACUGAACCCUGCGGGACACCGCUCGUCACCGGUUG